CUAACAUUGGCAAAUUGUACCAUAUUCCCCUUUAAAAAAUAGAAAAAGCUUUUCUGUUGGUGAUUUUAACACAGACUUGGCAACCUCGGUGACAACCUAAACUUCCCUUACGCAGUUCCUCUGGAGCACACGUGUUUUUAGCGUAGUUAGCAUUAGCUCACUUCUGUACAGGACCUCUGUAUUUUAUACGUGAAUCUAUCGCAAUGCCUAAAGUAAAAGCUGAAAAGAAAUCUCGACAACACCAAGAGGUGAAAAGUCAAGGGAUCAUGUUCAACACUGGUAUUGGUCAGCAUAUUUUGAAAAAUCCGUUGGUUGUUAACGGCAUUAUAGAGAAGGCAGCAUUAAGACCAACCGAUGUGGUGCUGGAGGUGGGACCUGGAACAGGAAACAUGACAGUGAAACUUCUGGAGAAAGCCAAAAAAGUAGUAGCAUGCGAGUUGGACACCAGGCUUGUAGCUGAACUUCAGAAACGUGUUCAGUGCACACCAUUGCAGACAAAGCUUCAGAUCUUGAUUGGUGAUGUUUUAAAAACAGAGCUGCCCUUCUUCGAUGUCUGUGUAGCCAAUUUACCCUAUCAGAUAUCUUCACCCUUCGUUUUCAAACUGCUUCUUCACAGACCUUUCUUCAGAUGUGCAGUGCUGAUGUUCCAGAGAGAGUUUGCCAUGCGGCUGUUGGCAAAACCUGGAGACAAGCUCUACUGCAGACUGUCCAUCAACACUCAACUGCUGGCUAAAGUGGACCACCUUAUGAAGGUGGGAAAAAACAACUUCAGGCCUCCUCCAAAAGUGGAAUCCAGUGUGGUCAGAAUAGAACCAAAGAUUCCUCCUCCACCGAUAAAUUUUCAGGAAUGGGACGGACUUGUCAGAAUUGCAUUUGUAAGAAAGAACAAAACUCUCAGUGCAGCUUUCAAGUCAACUGCUGUUGAACAGCUUUUGGAGAAAAAUUACAGAAUUCAUUGCUCCAUGCACAACAUAGAAAUACCACAAGACUUCAGCAUUGCUCAAAAGCUUGAGAGUGUACUGCAAGCGUCUGAGUUUAGUGAAAAGCGGGCACGAUCUAUGACUAUAGACGACUUCCUGCAGCUGCUUCAUGAAUUUAACUCGGCUGGUAUCCACUUCUCCUGAAGUCAGUGUGAUGAACGUAGGAUGAUUGGACUGGGUAUUGGUGUAGGACAUUGCUGGGUGCAUCUCACCAUAGUGCCUCUAUGUGAUUGCAUGCAUUGUGAAGGCAGACUGAACAGGACAGUCAGUCACUGGACCUUUAAUUUGUUGGUGCUUUCUGGGCUUUUGCUUUCCAAACUUCAUUGGAAAACCUGCCUUCCAGAAAAAUCUACAUGUAAAUACUCCUGUAAAAUGAAUCAGUGACCCAUAUAUGCCACAUUAAUAAUAUUUAACAGUCGUUUCCCUGUAGUACUAUCAAAUCCUUGACACCUGUAGAGUUGAUACAGUUGAACUAUACAGAUUUAAACAUAUUCCAUGCUGUUGUGACCACUGAC